AUGAGGCUGUCGUCGUGCAUACCCUUCGGCCUUCUCGCCAUUCUUCCUAUUGUCGCACCCGCUCAAGUUCCUGUGCACCCCCCGUCGCUAAACAAGCCAACCUACACCCUCGUAGAAGCUCUUAAUGAAGACGAGGACUAUGUCUCCCUCCUUAAGCUCCUCCAGAGAGCGAAGCUCAUCCCCACGCUGAACAGGCUAAAGAAUUGCACAUUCUUUGCCCCCACCAACGACGCCAUUAAGCACCACAGCAAAUCCAACCCGCUCUGGGAACAAGCUCUUAGUAAUGACGCCGAAGACCUCCAGGACAACCUUCAGCUCCGGCUCCGGCAGCAGCUCUUCUACCACCUUCUCAACUAUACCCUCCCCGGCCUCCCGGCCGAGCAAAGUACCCAACACUAUGAUACAUUGCUAUACCCGCGAGAUUAUGCCGAACCUCCUUCGCGAGAACCGCCUCCGUUCCCUCCAUGGAUGCCCGUACAGAACGGCACCCUCGGAACGGACCCUCAGCGUCUUCGCCUCACCGUUGAGGGUGAAACUGUUUGGAUUGGGACGGAUGCAGCGGGGAAGGGUGGCGUGAAGGUCGUGAAGCCGCGCACCGACACGAUGAAUGGGGCUCUUUUCGGAGUGCACAGAGUGGUGGAAAUGCCUUCAGACUUAGCCACUGUCAUCUCCCGUCGGCCGGAACUCUCGUAUUUCAGCAGGAUUCUCACCCCUGGGCUGUCCAAAUUCCUCAAUAGUACUUCCACGCUCACCGUCUUCCUCCCCGUCGACGAUGCCUGGGCGGAGCUCCCGUCGCUCGAAAGGUUGUACCUCGAGAGCGAGUUCGCAGCCGACGACCUGGAACGAAUCCUCAACAUGCACGCGGUGUUGCUGGAAGAGCCGAAGGUCCAUUGGUCGGACUCUUUCACCGAGAGCCCGGUGAAGCUUCCGACCAUCGACGGGCCUGAGCUCGACAUUGUUCCCCAGGACGAGAAGGUCACUGUAUCCGGAGCCAAGCUCAUCGAGAAGGACAUAUAUGCUUCCAACGGGGUUUUGCAUACCGUUUCGACCCUCCUACUCCCCGCAGACGCUAUCAAGUUCACCCCUGAGAAAUAUCUCCUGGCACUCAACUGCACGGAGUUCGUUUCGCUUGUUCAUUCCGUCAACCUCACUCACCUCAUCAACGACACGGCCACCGAGUACACCAUCCUUGCACCUCGGGACGACGUUAUCUCAAUGUUUGGGGACAACGACUUUCCUCAUCGCGGCAGUGAAGAGCUGAAGCGUGUGCUGCAGUAUCACUUCAUCCCGGGGCGCUGGGUGCCGAACAAGUUUGAAGACGGCAUGCUCGUUGAAACCUCUUUGACAGAACGCGGUCUUGGAGGAGGGCGGCAAGUGAUGCCAGUGGAGGUCACCGACGGGGUUAGGGGCUCACAAUCUAAGACAAUCCGGUUCGCGGGUGCCGGUGUCAUGGGAGACGAAGUCCAAAUCGCCAACCAUACCGUCAUCUACUUCCUUUCGCGAGCACUGGCUCCUCCUGUGGACACUAUCGAAACAGCGUCUCCGGAGCUCGAUUACUCGACGUUCAUGACCAGAGUGUUUUCCGUGAACAAUCUCGCCCACACACUGAAGACGACUCCAAAGACAACGUUGCUUAUUCCACCCAACUGGGCGUUCAAGCGACUUGGGCUCCUCGUCAGCACCCACCUUGCUGCAGUCACUCCGUCCUCGAAGGCAGACCUUGAACGCGUUAUCCGCCAUCAUACUCUCACUGGAGUACACUAUGCCGAUUCGCUGGUCAAUGGCUCUCAGCACACCUUCCAGACGUUAGAGGGGUCUGACAUCUCCGCCGAGAGGCGAGGCUCCAGUCACUCCGUCAUUUUCACAUCUAGUGGAGGUUGGGCGGGGAUGCAGUCUGGUCUGUCAGCUCGCGACAUGCUCACCCAAACCGGCGUCAUCCACGAAAUCACCGAUCUCAUGAUCCCUCGCUCUGUAGAACUCACAGUCGGGAAGCUCGUUAAGGCAGCCAAGGGGUCUACGAUGACUACCAUGGUCAUCAAGGCCGGCUUCGAGUGGGUUCUGAACGGUACUGCGCCCCCUGUAGGUUCACCUUGGGCUGACAAAGGCCUUGGUGGGGCCGGUUGGACACUCCUCUGCCCUACGGAUGACGCAUUCAAGGAGGUCAACUUGACGGAACUGUAUUCGGAUGAAGAAAGCCUCCGCGCUAUUGUCGCCCAGCACCUUAUCCCCACCCCUUCCUCACUGCCCUCCACCUCCAUCAUUGUCGACACGUUUGUCAACAAUCGCCCACUCCCUCUCGAAGACUCCGCAACGUAUACGACACUGCACAGCACCGCAUCCGCGUUCGGUGAUAUCAUUGUUCGCGUCCUCGAUGGCAGCAAAGGCGAGGAUGGCAUUGUCAUUGGUAUCAAGGGUGCCCGGGGCAAGAACGGCGAGCAAGAUUGGGCCUCCGUUGCACAAUGGGGUCGUUCAACAACAGGUGGAGGCACCGGAGGUGUCAUUCAGAUCGAUCGCCUUUUGUUCCCUUACGAGCCUAGCUGGUACGUCCAGUACGGGUCCCAGGUAAUACAAGCAGAAGCAGCCAUGAGCGACGCCCCAGCAGCUGAGGAAGUCCACCGCUCGUCGACGGCGGAGUCGAUCAGGUCGUUCGUUGCAGGAGGAGCAGGAGGCGUCGCUGCGGUACUUGUCGGUCACCCAUUCGACCUCACCAAGACUCGGCUGCAAACUGCCACGCCCGGGACGUACACCGGCGCGAUAGAUGUGGUGAAGAAGGCAUUGGCUCGGGACGGUGUGACUGGUCUCUACCGCGGUGUCGUGCCCCCACUUGUGGGUGUAACACCCAUCUUCGCCAUGUCCUUCUGGGCAUAUGACAUGUCUAAGAUGCUCAUCCUUAGUGCGACCCCCAAUCGCACGAACAAGGAGCUCUCGAUACCCGAGCUCGCGGCCGCAGGAUUUCUCUCGGCUGUACCCACCACCCUGGUCACUGCGCCGGUAGAGCGGGCAAAAGUUCUACUCCAGAUUCAAGGACAGGGACAGGGCGGUCCCCAGUACAAAGGCGUGUUCGACGUAGUCAAGCACUUAUACCGCGAAGGAGGUCUUCGCAGCGUGUUCCGUGGGUCGGUGGCGACCGUCGCGCGUGACGGUCCCGGCAGCGCCGCAUAUUUCGCGGCCUACGAGGUCACGAAAAAGUUUCUCACCCCUGCUGGGCAGUCGCCGUCUGAACUGAACCUGGGGGCGAUCAUCAUGGCGGGAGGCACUGCAGGUCUCGCGAUGUGGUCCAUCGCGAUCCCACCAGACGUCAUCAAAUCAAGAAUCCAGUCUGCGCCUAACGGGACGUACACCGGUUUCAUGGACUGCGCAAGAAAGACGAUUGCCGCUGACGGAGUAGGUGCUUUGUGGAAAGGUCUGGGCCCCGCAAUGGCUCGGGCCUUCCCUGCGAAUGCGGCCACUUUCCUGGGGGUGGAAGCAACGAAGAAGCUCAUGGACAGAUUUCUAUAG